GGGCCCGCCCUCCAGCACCAUUGGCUGCGCCCGGCCGCUCGCAGCCUUUUGUACGCGGCGAGAUGCGGCUGUCAGCCCGCCCGGCCGCCGGCCCCGGCUCGCUCCCGGACUAGGAAUGGGCAGCAGGAAGUCGCCUGUUGCCCUCCUGGUGGCCCUGUGGCUCGGCCAGCUGGGCGCGUGGGCAGCGGGGCGCCCCAAGGUGAACCCCCGGAUCAUCGCGGCUCCCCAAGGUGCCAAGGAAUAUGUGUUCCCACGGAGGGAGAGGCUCCCCGUGUUCUUCCACCAGGAAAACACCUCCUCCAUCUACGUCGGGGGCGAGGGGAGGCUCUACUACUACGACUUUGCAACGCGCGAGAACUACACGGAAGAGUUCCCGGUGAAAAAUGAAGGCCAGUGCGUGUCCUCCGGGAAUCUGGAGGACAGCCGGAAUUUCCUGACCCUGGUGGAGCAGUACGGGGACGGGCUCUUGGUGUGCGGGACCGGCGCCUGCGCUCCCACCUGCUGGAACGUGACCCAGAGGAAGGAGAGCCCGCCCUGGGAUGGGAGAGGGAUCGCUCCCUUCACCCCCGACUCCAACACCCUCGUCGUUGUCGAUGGCCAGGACAUCUACUCCACCAUCAAGAAGAGCCAGCAGAAUGGGAAGAUCCCUCGAUUCCGCCGUGUGAGGGGCGGGGGAGAGCUCUACACCAGUGACACCGUGAUGCAGAACCCUCAGUUUGUCAAGGCCACCACGCUGAGGCACGAGGAGCCUCACCAGGACAAGAUUUAUUACUUCUUCCGCGAGGACAACCCGGACAAGAGCCCCGAGGCGCCCCGGAACAUCUCGCGGGUGGCCCAGCUGUGUAAGGAGGACAGGGGAGGGACCAGCUCCCUCUCAGCCUCCAAGUGGACCACGUUCCUCAAGGCCACCCUGAUCUGCGUGGACCCCGUCACCAAGGGCAACUUCAACUGGCUGCAGGACGUCUUCUUCGUGCCCGCGGGCGACUGGCGGCGCUCCAAGGUCUACGGGCUCUUCACCAACACCUGGGGAAGCUCUGCCGUCUGCGUCUACUCCUUCGGGGACAUCGACACCGUGUUCAGGACAUCGCGGCUCAAAGGCUACAACGGGCCCAGCCCGGAGGUCAAACCUGGCCAGUGCGUCCCCUCGGGGCAGCACACGCCCAGCGAGACGUUCAAGAUCGCGGACAGCCACCCCGAGGUGGAGCAGCGGGUGGAGCCGCUGUCCCCGUCCAGGAGCCCCCUGUUCCACAACAAGCACCGCUACCAGAAAAUCGGCGUGCACGAGGUGGCCGCGGCCGACGGGCAGCGCUACAACGUCCUCUACCUGGCCACAGACAAGGGGUCCAUCCACAAGGUGGUGGAGCUGCCAGACGGCGUGCAGAACAUCGUGGAGAUCCAGGUGUUCCCCAACAAGGAUCCCAUCCAGGCCAUGAUCCUGGACCACGCCAGGGCCGUGCUCUACGUGGGCUCCAGCAGCCGCGUCCUGGAGCUGCCCAUGGACAUGUGCGGCGCCUACCGCAACAACUGCCACAGCUGCGUGCUGGCCAGGGACCCCUACUGCGGCUGGGCCAACGGCUCCUGCCUCUCGCUGGCCCUGCGCCGGGAUGUGCUCCAGAACCUGAACUUGGACUCAUGGCGAGGAAGCUGCCAGAGGGGCGACGUCAAGGAAGACGACUUCAGGAACAUCUCGGUGAUGCCCCUGUCCCGCUACUACCUCAACUGCUCCAUCGAGUCCCACUACGCCACCUACAACUGGUACCACGAGGACGUGCUCAUCAAGAGCUGCAACACCUCGCACCCGCAGCACGACUGCUUCCACUUCAUCCCCAGCGUGCGGCGCGAGCACUACGGCCACUACGUGUGCGUGUCCGAGGAGGAUGGCUUCCGCCAGGCGCUGGUCAAGGAGCGCCUGCUGGACCGCCAGCGCUUCCUGUGGCAGCGCGGCCGCGCCCCGGCCCCGCUGGCCUCGUGGCUGCAGCUGCUGCUCGUGGUGGCCCUGGCCGAGCUCUUCCACUGAGGCCGAGCCGCCCGCCCUGCCCGCGGCCGCGGGGCUUUCCGCGGCUCCGUGCGCCCUCCGCGCCGCGAGGAGGGGGGACGCGGCCGGCCAUGCAUGCGCUGAUGCUCGGGGCGAGGCCGCUCCUUGCAUGUGAUGAAGAUGAGGAGGAGGAGGAGGAGGAGCCGGCCCUCGGCCUCCGGGCUGCGGGGUGCCCGCGGGGGCCGCUGCCUCCCGAGGUUUUGGGGGGUGAUGUUGGGGUGGGCAGCGGCUGGGGCACCCCCGGCGAGGCCCCUCCUGCUGAGGGGGGCUCGGAGGCCCGAGGGGGGCUCGGUGCGCUGUUUUUUGGUGUGGGAGGGAGGUCGGGAAUCGGCGCCGCCGAGUGGGAAUUUGCAUGGAAAAGCCUCGGAAGGUGGCUGGAUUUGGGGUGUGGGGCGGGGAGGGGAGGUGGGAGCAGAGCCCGGAGCGGAGCGGGGGGCGCCGGGGGGAUGCUGGAGACGCACAAAUCCUCUGCGGGCAGCGGGGGCAGCGCAGGGGCCGGGCCCGCUCCCACCCUGGCCCCGGCGUCCUCAGGGAAAGCGGCCGCGGAUCUCAGGCACCGGGGGGCCGCGCCUGUCCCCGCUCUGUCCCUGUCCCCCCGGGCCGGGCUCGGGCUCCGCUCCCCCCGCGCUUUCGGAGGUCUCGGAGCGAGACUAAACUGUGAAAAUCGGGAUUUUCUCCCUGCAAAGGGGGGUCCCGCUCCUUGUCCCAAGCUUGCCCAGCCCGGAGCGGCCCGGCCCCGGGCGGGGACAGCCAGGGGACAUCCCUGCCGUGCUUCCAAUGCCUGUCCCGGCUCGGGAGAGCCGCGGGGCCACGGGCAGCGGGCCAGAGCUUCCUACUGCACUACAUCCCCGAGAUGUUCCCGUGCCCAGCCCAGGACAGAGCUCACAGCCCUUCUCAAAGCACUUUAACUUUGUGGACUAACAGAUAUUUAUUAUAUCGACUGCUCGUUUCUGUCUUGUAGGAUUUUAUAAUAUUACAGCAGGCGGGGGCGGAUCACAGGAGAUGGAAAAUUUAAAAAACCCACCACAACAGCUACCAAAAAAAAAAAAAACAAACCAACCCCAACCCUUUCAGACCUGUAACCAAAGCGGAUGGUUGGAAUAAAGAGUGGAAGAAAAGCA